CCAGUUUUGCACAAAACCUGUGGAUUCUCUCUUUCCUACUCUGUCCCUCUCUUUCUAACCCAAAUACCAUGGGCAGUUUUUCUCACAAAACCGGUUGCUUCAAUUUCACACACAUUUUACUCUCUUUCUUUCUUUACCUUUAUUAUAUACCUUUCUCUAUUGUCUCUCUCAUAACACCAACCAACAACCCAAAAUUUCUAUGCAAUCUUCCAAUCCCAAUUUCUCUACUUCCUUUCACUAAACCAAAUUUUCUUUCACCCUUUUUCUGCAUUUCAACUGUUUGAUAAAAGGGCUAGUCCAUUUCCUUCCAAGUUUCUUCCUUUUUGUUCUGCAGUUUUUGAAUGAUGGACCCCAAUGGAAUGUUUUCUCCCAUCACUACUACUGGUUUGCUAGGAGUAGUUGAUAAUAAUAUCCCUUUACAACAGCAACAACAACAACAAAAUCUCCCUAUUCAACAACAGAAUCCCCACCAUUUGCACCUUUCCCAAGCUGUUUCCUAUGCUCCCCAUGCUCAUGACACUGACACACAUCAUCAACAACAACAAUUGCAUCAAUCAAUGAAACAUGGGUAUCCACCUUUUUCUUCAUCCAGAAACAAACAACAGCAACAGCCGCAGCAGCAGCAAGGUUCUCAGGUUAGUGAUGAGAUUGAGGAUGAGCCAAGUUUUCAAGCUGAUGAAACCUCUGGUGGUGACCCAAAGAGGAAAUUUUCACCGUGGCAAAGAAUGAAAUGGACUGAUACAAUGGUAAGGCUUUUGAUAAUGGCUGUUUAUUACAUUGGUGAUGAAGGUGGUUCUGAAGGGACUGAUCCAAUGGGUAAUAAGAAGAAAUCAAGUGGUUUGUUACAGAAGAAAGGGAAAUGGAAAUCUGUUUCAAGGGCUAUGAUGGAAAAAGGGUUUUAUGUGUCACCUCAACAAUGUGAAGAUAAGUUCAAUGAUUUGAAUAAAAGGUACAAGAGAGUGAAUGAUAUUCUUGGAAAAGGGACAGCUUGUAGGGUAGUUGAAAAUCAGAAUUUGUUGGAUUCAAUGGAUUUGACACCUAAGAUGAAAGAUGAAGUUAGGAAAUUGCUGAAUUCUAAGCAUCUUUUCUUUAGGGAAAUGUGUGCUUAUCAUAAUAGCUGUGGUCAUGCUGGUGGUGCUUCUAAUGUUCAACUUCAGGUAGAAGGUGGAAGUGGAACAACAACACCUCAGAAUCAACCUCAACAACAUCAACAGCAGCCUCAACAGCAGCCUCAACAACCUUGUUUUCAUUCAACAGAAAAUGGUGUUGGGAAUUUGAGUGGUUCAGGUUUAAGGAUGUUGAAAAUAGGAAGUGGAGAAGUUGAAGAGGAGGAGGAUGAAGAUGAAGAUGAGGAAUCAGAGGACUAUUCUGAUGAAGAUGAAGAUGAAUCAGGAGAAGGUGGUUCAAAGUGUCAACAAGAUGAAGAUGAGAAUGACGGGAAACCAUCAAAGAAAAGGCGAAGAAAAGAAGGAGGAUUUCCCAUUUCUAUGUCAUCCUCAUCAUUACCAUUGAUGAACCAAAUGAACAAUGAAAUAAGUGGUGUGUUUCAAGAUGGUGGAAAAAGUCCAUGGGAGAAAAAACAAUGGAUAAGAAACAAAAUUUUGCAGUUGGAGGAACAGAAAAUAAGCUAUGAAUCACAAGGUUUUCAGUUGGAAAAACAAAGGUUGAAAUGGGCAAGGUAUAGUAGCAAGAAAGAGAGGGAAAUGAAGAGAGCAAAACUUGAAAAUGAAAGGAGAAGAUUAGAAAAUGAAAGAAUGGUUUUGCUUAUUAGGAAGAAGGAGAUUGAAUUGAUGAAUAUUCAACAGCAACAACAUCAACAACAACAACAUUCUUCUACUUAGAGAGUGAGAAAUGAAGAAGAUGAAUUUGUAUGAUAGAUGAAACUAGUCAUAGAUAGAAUUUAGAUUAGGCCAAAUAGAUGAAACUAUUGUGGCUGUUCUAUUUUUGGUGUUAUUAUUGAAUUUAUUAAAAAUAAAGAGUAUGUCUGUUUUUUUA